CUAGCUUACCGCACCUGCUGCUUGGGGCUGCCAAGUAAGUAGUAAGCUAGAGAAGCAAAGCAAAGCAAAGCUCCGAUCCAAUCCAAUCCAUCGCAAGGAUUAUGUCUCUGGUAAGGCUCCUGGACACGCUGGCCCUGGACUCGUGGGUGCGGAACCCCUUCACCAUCUUCGGCACGGCGGUGGCCGCCGACGCGUGGCUGGCCAGCGACACGUCGGCGUUCGCCAACACGCACAUCGAGAGCCGGGACACGGCGGCCGCCUACGUGUUCAGCGCCGCGCUCCCGCCGGGCGUCAAGAAGGAGGAGGUCACGGUGGAGCUGGACGAGGGCAACGUGCUGGUCAUCGCCGGCGAGCGCAGCGUGUGCCGCCAGGAGCGCAGCGACGGCUGCCACCACAUCGAGCGCAGCCGCGCCACCUUCCUCGCCAGGUUCCACCUGCCCGAGGACGCCGCCGUCGACGGCGUCAGGGCCGCCUUGGACGCCGGCAGGCUCACCGUCACCGUGCCCAAGGUCGGGGCCGCCGCCGCCGCCAUCGUGCCCGAGAAGCCCGCCGCCGACGCGCCGGCGCUGGCGCCCGUGCCCGUCGAGGCCGGCCCCUGCUGAGCUUCUGACGAUGCCGACGCCGACGCCGACCGAGACGGCCGGCCGGCUCCCUGUUCCUCCACGUACACGCCCCCCCGCCGGUGAACGGAUAGUAGCGUCCCACGUCGUCGUGCGACUGUGAGGUUGUCGCUCGCUCGCCCGUGCUGUCUCAAAGUUUGUUUCCGUGGUUUGGUCCUGGCUUUGCGUACUACGUGAUGGAUUCAGCUGCCUGUACUGUACUGCGUGCAUGCAUGUAACCAUGAAAACAAAAGGGUGGUAUUCCUGCAUUGCACGGCUGCAACGUGUAAUUCCGUCUUUAAUCAAUGUUUUUUCUGUGCUUAGUAAAUGAAAAGGCAACCUAAGCUGGAAUCCUA